GGCCCACCAGCUCUGAGCACAUCAUGAAGACAGGGGCCCUUUUGCUUCAGGGUUUCAUCCAGGAUCGAGCAGGGCACAUGGGCGGGGACACCCUGGAGCUGGCCAUGGAGCAGGCGCCCCAGGACGCGUCCACCAAGAAGCUGAGCGAGUGUCUCAAGCGGAUUGGGGACGAACUGGACAGCAAUAUGGAGCUGCAGAGGAUGAUUGCGGCUGUGGACACAGACUCGCCCCGAGAGGUCUUUUUCCGAGUGGCCGCUGAAAUGUUUGCUGAUGGCAACUUCAACUGGGGCCGGGUUGUUGCCCUUUUCUAUUUUGCCAGCAAACUGGUGCUCAAGGCGCUGUGUACCAAGGUACCCGAGCUGAUCAGGACCAUUAUGGGCUGGACACUGGACUUCCUCCGAGACCGGCUGCUGGGCUGGAUCCAGGACCAGGGUGGUUGGGACGGCCUCCUCUCCUACUUUGGAACCCCGACCUGGCAGACGGUGACCAUCUUUGUGGCCGGUGUGCUCACUGCCUCGCUCACCAUCUGGAAGAACAUGGGCUGAGGCCGCAGCCACCUUGGACUGUGUCUUUUCUGCAUAAAUUAUGGCAUUUUGGUGGGAGGAAGGGACGGGACGGGGCGUUUUUCUUACUUUUGUAAUUAUUGGGAGGGGAGGGCAGUGUGGACCACAGGGGCAAUAAACCACUUUCGGGCCACA